UCAGUUGAAUGCAAUCAGCCUGCGACAACACAACGCGAACGAAAUGCAACUGUCGCUCACAUUUCCGGUUAUUUCGCUGUGGCUGCUGCUGGUGCUCACCGUUGGUGCACAGGACAUAAGACCUGAGUAUCCUGAGGAUUUUCCACGGCCAACAACGGAAGAGUCCAUCCUAACCACAGAAGAGGGUACGACAGAAGAACCUACGGCGUCCACUCCGAUAGAAGAAGCUUCGACUCCAGCACCCGCAGAAGAAGCUACGACAAGUGCAUCCACGGAAGAAGCUAUGAGUGCAGGAUCCGCAGAAGAUGCAACGACUCCAGCACCCACAGCAAAACCAGCGACCACAACCAAAGAGCCCAUCACAACAACGACUACAGAAGCUCCCACAACCACAAAGGCCACAGCAGCACCUCCGUCUUAUAUACCACCAUACGCACCACCAACAAACGAAUAUCGACCUACUUACACCACCAGAAAUCCUUGGAUAUUGAACGAGCAGGCUGAGCGGUGCUAUCUGAAAGAGCAGAAGGACUACGGCAAUCGGAAUGGGGUCUGUGCACCUUGGGUCGCUGGCAGCUGGCGGCCGUCAAUAAGCUGCUAUCGCUGCUGUUACUUCUCCAGGCACAACGUGGCCGGUUGCAGUAAGCUCCAUCGUGGACGCUGUGGCGGCUACUACUACUACUACUAAGUGGGGAAAUCCCAAUGGAAACAAACAACUGCUGUAACAUUUCGAGCGAAAAACGGUUGUAAUAAAUACUUCGAACAGAAAGUAAA